AUGGUACAAAUUGCUGUUAUUAUUCCGCGCACUUCUGUUUUUGAACUAAACAACUGGAGACAUGGCACCACAAUACUUGUAGCUACCAUAGGUCGUAUGAAAAAUUUCCUUUGUGAAGGACAUAUAUCUCUUCGCAAGAUAAAAUUUAUCAUUUUGGAUGAAGUCGAAACUAUGCUAGAGUUGGGCGCUAGAAUUUCCACUAAGUUGUGGACACUCGCCGGACUCUAUUUGAAGCCUAACUUUCUGACGAUAACACAUGGGCAAAGUAAUAUUCCUAAUUACUGUAUUGCUCAGGAGGUACCGGACUUUCUAGUCAGAUAUGCGAAGGGAAACAGGUCGCGAGUUGAUACCUGGAAUACUGAUCACAGUCGACACUGA